AUGGGUGGCUGUGCGAGUAGACCCAAGGAAUCAGACAUGAACAACGACGAAGGCUCUAUUCCUAAUAAGCCUGUGUCUGAAACCGUAGUAGCCAAGGAGAACAACACAGAAGAAAGCGGUGAGAAACAGAACCAGCCAGAAGCUGAGACCACCGAAACAACUUCUGUCGAAGCUAAGGAGGCACCUCAGGUCGAGCUGACCAAGGAAACAGCUCCUGCUGCUGAACCAGAGGUUGUAGCAGCCGUGGAAGAGUCAUCUUCUUCUGCUGAGGCCGUAGUAGCACCUGAGAAAGUGGACAACGUAGUAGCUGCAACAGAAAACGCUGAGGCAGCGGCUGAUGCGGUAGCUGCACCAGAAAAGGUUGAGGUUGCGGUGGAAGAGGUGAAACCGGCUGAGGUUGAACCAGUAAAGGAGGAGAGUAAACAAGAAGAGAAAGAAGCUGUUGUCACUGUUUGA